GGGAACGCGGCGGUGCAGCGAGCCGGCCCUCGGAUCGGGCUGGAGUCGUGGGGUGGAGCGGGAAGGGCUGGUGGGUCACGCCAAGAUGUCUGUCUAGGUUCUGGCUCGGCGGGUGCUGCAUCCCAGGGGGAGAGGAACAGCCGCGAGUCGCCCAUCCCAGGGUAAAAAUGAACGUAGGAGUUGCCCACAGCGAGGUGAACCCAAACACUCGAGUGAUGAACAGCCGUGGAAUGUGGCUGACAUACGCGCUCGGAGUCGGCAUGCUGCACAUUGUCCUGCUCAGCAUUCCCUUCUUUAGUGUCCCUGUCGCCUGGACUUUAACAAAUGUCAUUCACAACCUGGGAAUGUAUGUGUUUUUGCAUGCAGUAAAGGGAACUCCUUUUGAAACACCUGAUCAGGGCAAAGCUAGGCUACUAACACACUGGGAACAACUGGAUUAUGGAGUACAAUUCACAUCUUCAAGGAAGUUCUUCACAAUCUCUCCUAUAAUUCUGUACUUCCUGACGAGUUUCUAUACAAAGUAUGAUCCAACACACUUUAUCCUCAACACAGCCUCUCUCCUGACCGUGCUUAUCCCCAAGCUGCCACAGUUGCAUGGGGUUCGAAUCUUUGGCAUCAAUAAAUACUAAGCAGAAGGUUCAACACUGGCUGCCCCUGACAUGGCUACUGCUGCUCCCCGGGUGAAGGAAACGAGUAGUCUGCUGUGCUGAGUAUCUCAUCGUAGUCAGGGAGAGAUGCUUUUACGUCUGAGAUACAAUUCCUGCUUCCUGCAGCAUUGUCUGGGAUGAAAAUCAACUUUAUAAGAAGAUGCCAUCAGAUACUUCAAUGUGGAUUGGAAACAUGUAGAAGAAGAUUUCCAUGAAGAACUGGGCAGGCCCAGCUCUAAAGCCUAAUCCCCACUAAGACUGUAUGUGUGGCUGAUGCAAGUGGCUUGCAAGGAAGGUACAAG